GCCAGAGAUGGCUUUCGUACAUUCACUAGCAGCGGCGGCCGCUGCCAGUUUCAUCGCCCGGGCAUGCCGUGACGGACAGCUGGCAUCAUGUGGAUGCUCCAGAAGCCCUCGGCCAGCACAGCUUCACGAAGACUGGACUUGGGGAGGAUGUGGAGAUGACAUGGAAUUCGGAUACAAGUUCUCCCAAACUUUCAUAGAUAUCAAGGAGAAAGAGAAAAAGCGUGGCACCCGAGGGCUGGUAUCAAUCCCCGCUAAAUAUCCGAAAAUUGUGGAACGAUUGCUCGAAACACUGAACGAUACAAGCGAAAACGUACUAAAUGGAACUGAUACCUUAUUUCGACCGGAAGAUUUGCAGAAACUGCAGGAUAGAAUAGCCAAGGAGAUAUCAAGUUCAAAUUUGGAUCCGAAAGAAAUGAAUGAACUUCAGGACAGAAUAAAUAAAGAAAUAACGAAUUCGGAAGUAUUCAAUUUGAAACAUUUCAACAUUUAUGACCGACUUAAGAAAAUGUUUCGAAAGCCUGAAAAAACGUUGAAUGGUGUCAAGUUUAGUGUUUCGGCUAAAGCGCGUGCUCUUAUGAACUUGCAUAACAAUGAAGCAGGUAGAAGAGCUGUUAUAAAGAAGUCACGUAUCAUCUGUAAGUGUCAUGGGGUUUCGGGUUCAUGCAGCUUGAUCACAUGCUGGCAACAAUUAACAUCGAUUCGAGAAAUUGGUGAUUUCCUGCGAGAGAAGUACGAUGAAGCAACACAAGUGAAAAUUAACAAACGAGGUAGACUUCAAGUCAAAGAUCCACGAUACAAAAUUCCGACCCCCCUCGAUUUGGUUUAUCUGGAUGAAAGUCCCGACUGGUGUCGGAACAACAGACAACUUAAGUGGCCAGGAACCCACGGGCGAGUUUGUAACAAAACUUCAUCGGGUCUAGAUGGUUGUGCGAUCCUUUGCUGUGGCCGGGGAUACAAUACGAAGAAAAUCGUAGUCAAAGAACGGUGCAACUGCAAAUUCCAGUGGUGCUGUCAGGUCAAGUGUGAUACAUGUACGCGGCAUAUAGAGGAGUACACGUGUAAAUAAUUGAAGCUAUUAUCAUCUAAGGACACAAACGAAUUCUAAUAUAAAUGCAAUUAUUGCUAGUUGUUUAGUUGUUGGGUCAUUUUAAUUAGAAAAGAACAACGUAGAAAUUUGCACUAAACAAUUCCAUUUCCUAUCAUCGACAUGCUCUCUAAUGUGUAAAAUUGAAUGUUCUCGAAAACGAUUUUCAAUACUCCGCGAGUAUAUAUUAUCAAUAAUUCCAUUAUCACAAAACCAGUAUCUGAAGAAUCUGUACAUGUAAAAUUAAAGGUUUUUUUUUCAUGCAAGCGCUCCCUGAAUUGGAUUACAUGGGAAUCAUUGGGAAUGUAUUGCGUUAUUAAGAAAAAAGUUUAAAACACAAAUACAUCAAAAAAUUGUGACAUGAGUUAAAAAAGCAGAAAAAUCUAAUUUUUAUUGAUUUAGUCAUACAUUUGUUAUCUUUACAGCUCUUUGCGUGUUUCAAAAGAUUUUCAAUAUAAUUUAACCAGUAUACUCAAUUAAAAUUUCACCACAACGUAACAAAGCAACGUAAGCAUUGGUUCUUUUACUUUGACCGUGACCGAGGCAUGACACGCUCACACGCUCACCGUUUGAGGUUUAAAAUUAAAAGUGUCACAUUCUCCCAAAUGAAGCGAAAGACGUCACAAUAAAAACGAGAGUUUUGUAUACUUGCUAAAUCGUGUUAGGUCUCGGUAGAUUUAAACUUUGGUACUGAAUUUCAGCUUACAUAUCGACGAAAUAAAUUAUUUGAUGGCAACAGGAAUGUCCUACUUGCUUUAAAUUGAAAUUUUGGGACUUAUUCUGGACUUAUUGAGUGACGUAAUUCGCUAAAUUUUACCACGUGGUCCUGUCUGAAGUCAGCCUUUCAAACAAAAAUUUCAGUUCGUUUGUGCUUCGAGAACCCAUCAAAGGUGUUCGAAAUAGACUUUCUCGAACUGUUUAUAGGAGUCAGGAAAACGGGUUAAAUUUGGUGAAUCACGUGAAUCGCGAAUCACAGAAUAACUGCCACAUUGGUGAAUUGAGAUAUUAACAGAUUGAAAAGUUUCCAAGUCAAGACCCACCGUUCUCGUGAAAAUUAACGUGAAAAUUUUUAUUUCGCUAAUAACUCAACAACGCAACAAAACUAGGUUUUGUUACAUGUUAGAAACCAAAAAGAAUGGUAGAAAGAUGAAACUUCAACCGGUCUUAGUGUUUAAAGCCUCUUAGAACUGUCUCUUUUUCGAUUCCGAUAUAAUUUCAACGGAAAUAUCAGGGGAAUCGAAAUAAAAUCAUUUCUGUGAGGUUUUACAUAACAAGCUAGGUAAGAAAUUUCAUUUUACUACAUAUCUAAAAAUCUAGUUUUGUUCAGUUGUUGAGUUAUUGACUAAAUAAGAUUUGUUAACGUUCAAUUUUCACACGAACUGCCAAUAAUGAAAAAGUGAACAUACUGCACAAUGCUAAUCUAUCCAGAUAAAAUAUGUUCAGCUGAUCAUUUUUCGACGUUUUCUAAGUUUCGGAUUGUUUUGAGAUGACAAUUCCUAAUAUAUAAAAAUCCAGUGUAUAACAAUUAUCACAAUUGAAAUCCUAAGCGAUGUACAUAAGUUAUUUUAAUUUAUAAAUAUCAGUAUUAUUAUCAGGUUAAUAAUUUGCAAGAUUCACAAUAAAAAAAAAACAUCAAUUUUUGUAACAAAUUAUUUAUUAUAAUAGCUGUAGAUUUCAUUAGUAUAGAUAAAUAGAAAGUAAACACUGAUAUUUUGUUCAUACCGCACGACAUCGAACAAUGAAAAGUUGAUAAGUUUGUUUUUUUUUUUUUUUUUUUUUUUUUGUCAACUGCCAAAUUAGAACACGACAAUUUAUUUUAAAAAGACCAGUUCUUGUUUAUUAUUUGUUCCGAUAAUCAAACCAAGUAGGAUCUUUAUAAUCAUUAUAAAUGUGCGAUCACAUUCUCAAGAACAAAAGGCAAUGUAAAAUUUUAAUACUAAUAAAUGUAUUCUUUUGAAUUGCAAGAUAUGUGAUUAAAGAAA